AUGGAUUUUUUCCUGAAACGCAUUCCCGCAUUUUCUCGCGCUUUGGGAGAAUGGGAGUCAGACGAGGAUUCAGAAACAGAGAAAUGCUUGAAUGAGGAACUUGCCUGUGUUGGUUCUGAAGAUAAACCAGUUGUUCUUUCCCACGUGUUUCACAAUCUGACUGUAAAGAAUGUUCUCAUAGGAAUCGGCCCCUUGCAGACCGCAUUCGUCACUUGUGCUUAUCAGUUAUCAAACGAAAACAUGAUUGCGGUUAUUUCUUAUCGCGUACCUGGUUUCGGAAGCACACAAAAAACCAUACCGACCCAAGUUCGGUUGCACUACCAUCCUACUGCCAGUGGAGGUACGGUUUGCGUUUUGAUACCUGCUUCCAAACAAAUUCCUCAUGCUAAUCAAAAGAAAUUAGUGCAACUGAUAAUGGACAGCAUUUUGAAUUCCUCCAGUGGUUCUCGAGGUGAUAUCCUAGCAACUAUCCUUUGUACUGAACCUAUCUGUCAGUUUCAGUCACGUACUCCUCCAGAUAGUCCUUCAUUCGUUCGAAUCCUCACCACUCAGAACCUGGAAAAACCGAAGGAUGAUCUACAAUGUGCUCAUCUUGAACAACCAAACAUCAUAUCCGGGUUAGCUGCGGAAUUUCUCACUUGGAACAAAUUACACUCGGUUCCUGCCAGUUUGUAUGUUUUGUUCUACACGACCCUUGAUAAUCCAAAUUACGCCUGGCAUUCUGCGAAGGAAAUAUUCCGGAUCGUGAGCAAAAUAAAAGCACUCAGCACUGUGCUCGCGUCACCUUGUUCGAACUGGGAUAACUUGAACGAUACAGCCCUCAAAGAUUCAUGCAUUAUGUAUAUUUGUGGUGAUAAACCCUCGAAGAUGGAUCAAAUGUACACUUGA